GAUGCCAAUGGCAGCGACAUGAGUGGAGCCCAACAGGACCGAGCCAUGACAGCAGACAGCCUCCGUCUGAACGGGACCACAGCGUUGGGUCUGCGUGACGAGGAGAUGGACACGGCGGCGUUCGAGUUCAAAGUGUUUAAUAUUGUCAUCAUUGCUCUGGCCUUGUGUGUCCUCACUGUCACCGGCCUGUACUGCAUCAUCGUCUGCUACAACCGCACCAGUGCAAUUAGUACCAUCUCCUUCAUCAGGCAGUCGAAGCGAGCCCAUGUGUAUGAGAGUGCAGUGACCCGAGGAGACCCGGUGGACCCAGUGGCGGUCAGAGCGGUGAAGAGGUCGACCAGCUUCAUCAACCCUCUCACCUUCCUCAGGAAACCGGAGGCGGCGAAGGACAACUCCAGGAUCUAUUACAUCUACAGUAACCCGCUGCCUGUCGGGGUGAAGGAGGAGGAGGAGGAAGUCAACGUCCCACAGAGGUCAGGGGAGAAGACUGCAUGGCCGCUGCCCCUGUCCAUCCAAGAGUACGCCAGCGAUCCAAACAGUGGCAUCAUCCUGGACCCUCCCGUGUUUUACAUGCAGCUUUAGAGGUGCGUGGUGAACAGUUGGGCCUUGUCGGAGGAUCCUCGGUGUGAGCCGUGCAGCUGUGUGUCACCAGCUGUAGGGUCAUUUAAAGGGCCACGCCGCAGAACAUACACAUUCAGUUCAGUUUAUAUGUAUCGGGGAGUAUCACUGAGCAGGUCAUCGCUGCAUGGGCUUGGAGACUACAAGUUUAUAACAAAAGGUUGUUGCUAUAUUAAGUUUGAAAGAUGUCGGAGGGGAAGUAAACACACUUCGUGUUAAGUGUUUUAAAAGCAAAACCCACACUCGGGACUAAAAUUCAAUGUAUUGUAUUUUAGCCACUACUGCUUCAAUUGUAAUUAGGGUUAGUCUGUCAUCUUUAUGAAAUUUUAAUAGUAAGUCAUUAGAGAACGCCAGGGUAAAUAUAAACUGUGAUCACAUGCAGUCUUCAUAAUUCCAAUUUUUUUUUUACUUCAUGUAAAAUGACUACACUUUCCUACUGAAGAAACUUUCACAGCAUUUUAUGCAGGACAUUUUUUUCCUGCAACACAGUAGUAAAGACAUUCAAGUGAUUCAAGAGUUUCGUUGAUCUUUAAUAAAACUGCCGAUACAAUGUGCUUUACAAAAAGAAGCCGAGAGUGCGAGACACAGCGAAAGAUGAGGAAUACAAACAAUUAUCACUGCAGGGCGAUCCAUCGCAAUGCGAUUGGACCGGUCCUCAGACAAUUGGCUGGGUCUCUCUGACCAGCCACUCCAGUGCCUCCUUCCUGCCCUGCCUCUCCAGCUCUGCUCCCACCACCUCCCGGCACUCCCUGUGGUACUGGUUCACCCAGUCCCGCUGCAGGACAGUAAAGGGAGGGUCAAACCAUUAGGACACUGUUUAAAUAGUGCACAACAUACAAGGCAUAGCUGGAAAUGUCAAACAUUCAAAUCCAUAGUUUAUUUCCAUGUAGCUCAUAUUAGGCUAAACUGCUCAUAUUGUUCCCCACGGAAUGUGAAGUAAGCUAAAUGUUGUGUUGCUGAAUAUGAAGUGUUCCUGAUAUUACCAAUAAAGAUCAAUUUUAAAUUUCA